CAUUUUUGAGCUUCCACCUUGAACAAUCCCGCGAACCCGCCCGCCUAGCCGGCUCCGUCCACUCACUUUCGACUCGAUCGAUCGACCGAGUGUGUGGUGUCGUCGUCCGUCGCCCCCCCAACCACCAUCCACCCAACAUCACACACACCACACACCACACAACAACAAACCACCGACCAUGAACCGUCAGGUGGUUACCUCCACCCUAGGCCGGCGGGGUGUCGCCAGCACCAUUCUCAACGCCCAGCAGCAGCAGCGUCCCUUUUCCUCCACCACCACCCGAUGCGCCGCCGAAGACGAUAGUAAGAAGCCCGCUGCCGCUCCCUCUACUCCUCGCGCCGCCGCCCCCGGUCCCAUUAGCGCCAGCCGCCAAAAGUCCGAAGCCGCCGUCGGCAAGCUCACCCAGCUUCGCGGCUCCUUCACGUCCUUGACCAACGACAACUCCUUCCACAAGACCCUUCCCGCCGGUGCCCGCGACGCCCGCCGUCUCGCUGCCGCUCCCAUCGCCGGCAAGGGCGCUGGCGCUGGUGCCGUCGCUCCCCUCGGUGGUGGUGGUGGUGCGUCCGGCGCUCCCAAGGUCAUCAACGUCCGUUCCCUCAAGGGCACCCUCGGUUCUCGCGGUAGCAACAACAUCCCCGGCGCCGUCGCACCCGGCGCUGCUCUCCGUCCUCGCUUCGCCGCCGGUCCUGGUGCUGCUGCCGGUCGUCCGCGCUUCGGUGCUGCCGCUUCCCCCGGUGCCGGUCCCACUGGCGCAGCGCGUAGACCCCCCUUCGGAGCCCGGCGCGCCCGUCCCGCAGGCGACAAGAAACGCUCCGGAGGCUCAGGCGACAAGCGUCCCCGCGGCGACGACUACGACGCGCCCCCCACCGAAGAAGAGAAAGCCUUUUUGCGCGGGCUGGAACAAGGCAAAGUAACCGAAUACGUCCCCAAGCUCACGCCCGACACACUGCUGGGGUACGGUCCGCCCGUCGCAACCGACGCGGCGCUGGGGAAAGUGGAGUCGGCAAUGCGCACGAUGCGCAUCUUGGGCGGCGGGUUGCCGUUCAAUGACCAGUCGGGCGUCACGAGCGAUCCGACGGCUAUCAAGCAUCGGUACGUGCACGAGAAGAAACCCGUGUUCUUUUCAAGUGUGGAGGAGAAGGAGUGGGUGAGGGAGUCGUUGGAUAAGUUUGCGGUUAGUGAGGGGCCGGAGAAAAAGACAAAACAGAAGAUUCUGGAGACGAGCGUGCUGGGGAAGUAUGAGGAACCCAAGUAUGUGGAGAGUCUGACGGAGACGGUGAAGAUGGUGGAGAAGUAUCAGGGGGGAACGUUCAGUUAUGCACCGAGUGAUGCGGACAAGUUUAACAAGAAGUUGAACCAGUUGCUUGCUGCUGGUCUGCCGAGGGCGGCUCCGGCCCCGGCGCAGGCUCAGAAGAAGGCGUAGGUUGAGGAAAUUGAAAUGGGGGUGGAAGGGGGAGAGAAGGGUGGUGUAAAAACAGAUAGAAGAAGAAGGACUGAGGUGUAGAAGUGGUCCAGUUGUAACAUUAUGAAUACCCGUAUUGGCUGUCUUGUUGUGCCUGGGGGAAAAUAAGGGUAUGUGAAAGUCUUGUGUAGUAUCGUCAACUUGCUGCCUUGGUUGUGCUCAAAUCCUGGCAUGAUAUUUGGACUUCACUUCGAAAGACGUACUGCUCUUGUAGUCUGUCUUGCUAUGACAGAAACCUGACUAUCAACUGUUCUCAAAAAGCAACUAUCCUACUAGAUAGAAUCCGGAUAAUAGGUUUUACAGGUUACUCGGGUCCAGUCAUAACCAUUUCACAGUCUGUUAGCAAGUCAAGUACAUUAAAGUCUAGUAUAACCUUUGAAUCCACACGGUGAAUGUUGUUUUCAUUCACUCAUACAA